CCCAGUCUCGGGCAAUGGCUCGCCCUGCCAGGUUAUACACUUGCCAGAACCAUUGCGCCUUUGGGGCAAGAUUGGGUGCUCAUCGACUGUGAACAUGGCAACAUAGAUGAUCACAACAUGUACCUCCAGAUCGGUGCCAUCUCAUCAAGCGGAGUGUCGCCGGUCGUUAGAAUCCCCGCCGAUGCGCCUUGGAUGAUCAAGCGUGCCCUUGACGCCGGAGCCCACGCCAUCAUGGUGCCAAUGUGCGAGACCAAGGAGCAGGCCGAACAGUUGGUUCGAGCUGCCAAGUACCCAUCAAAAGCCCACCCUGAGGGGGUUCGGGGCACCGGCGCCAUGUUUGCUCCAGCGUCAUUCAACCUCACCGGACGAGAUUACCUUCUCAAUGCAAACGACAAGGUCAUGGUUUUUGUGCAGAUUGAGUCUCGCAGGGGCGUAGAAAAUGUCGAGGAGAUUGCCAAAGUGGACGGGAUCGACAUGCUGUUCAUUGGACCGAAUGAUCUGGCAUCCUCUUUAGGGUAUGUGGCCUUUGACCACGCUUCAAUCCCCGAGGUCCAGCAAGCCUCCCAGAUGAUUCUUGAUGCGGCAUUGGCGGCCGGAAAGUACGCAGGGCAUUUCGCUCUCGACGCAGACACAGGCAGGUCAUAU